AGAGCAAUUUUCAACAAAUAAACCUAAAGUAAUCAUCUUCUUCAUCGCAACACAAGAAGCAUGUCAAUCCUUAGUCGAUUGAAACUCGCAGCAACAAUGAAGAGCUGUGAAAAGCUUGAGAAUGAGUUGUCUGAUCAUAUUAUAUCUUAUAUCUUUUCCAAGUUAGCUUUGAAAGAUUUGGUGAAAACCAGUGCAUUGUCCAAACAAUGGAUUCACGAAUGGGGAUUAAGGAUGGACCUUAACUUCGAUCUCUAUACCAUGUCCGACUAUAACACAGAUCAAGACUUGUCACAAAUCCUUCCUCUCUCUCUCAAAGGUUUCACUUUCAAUCUGAAUUUUCCACAAGAUUGGAUCAAUUUAUGCUGCAUUAUAAAGGUGCCAUCAUCCGUUCCAUUCGAGUAAAAUUUCCAUUAUGUAAUCAACAUAGGGAUGUCAUUCAUAGAUUGAUCUCCAAAGGAAUUGCUAAGGGUGCCAAACAUAUUGAACUUCUCUUCUCUUCUGAAACAACUGAUACUACUAUUUCUAUUAUGCCAUACAGAUUUUCCCUUAUUCUCUUACUUGAGAAUGAUUCUGUGACCUAUUUGCACCUACAAAACUGCCUCAUAGACAAACCCAGAUACUUCUCUGGAUUAAAAAAUUUGAGAACUCUUGUGUUGCAACAAGUUUUUGUGAAGAAGACACUCCUUAAGACUUUGUGUUCAAAUUGCAACCACCUUGUUGACCUCACCCUUGAUGGUUGUAAAAUCACUUCCAAGUUGGUAAUAAACAGCCCAUCAUUGCUUCGUUUGAACAUUGCUAAUGUUGGGUUUUACCCUCGAAAUCUUAUUACUAUCAUUGCCUCAAGUCUCUCAUCCUUUGAGUAUUCUUGUCUUAAAGAACAUGUAGUACACCAAAUGAACAUUCAAGCUCCUAUGUUAUCCAAGUUUAGCUUUAGAGGUGCUUUGUUUUCAAAGCGUAUACGGUUAUCUGGAUUGACGAACGUAACAAUAAUUAAGUUUGAUGCAUUACUAAUUGAUCUAUCCACAAACAUCUUGCCUCAUUUGUUUUCUAAAUGUCCUCAACUUGAAGCUGUCACUCUUAAGAACUGCUUGUUCACAAGUUCAACACAAAUUACCAGUUCGAAGUUACGUCAUUUGAUCAUACUUGAUAGUGUUUGGGUGGAUGACUCUCCUUCUGAUAUAUCUAUUGAUGCAUUAAAUCUUUCAUCCUUUGAAUAUACUGGGUACACCACAAGGAUAAUUUCUUUUACGGCUCCAAGGUUAUCGAAGGUUUUCUGGGAUACAUCAGAGAGAGAGAAUAGACCACACCUUUUUGAUCCAAUUGCAAGUUUACCACAUAUUGAGAAUUUAGCUAUGAUCAUCGGCACUUUACAAGUAAAGGAAUUAGCGAAAGUCUUGGUUCGGUUUCAAAAUCUUUGACAAUUGGAC